CAGCAGCAGCGGGCGGUUUAUGGGCUGUUGCAGCCAUCGCCAGGCCCCCGCUCCGAGUGUCAGAAAACCCUGUUCGGAGGCAGUCAGGAGCGGUGCUUGGGCCUCGGUCCCGGGAGCUGUGUGAGCAGGAGAGGCCGAGCGGAAUAUGAGGGAGGGAAGGGAUGUCUUUCGAUGUAAUCAACUUUCGCUGCUGCAUUGAUGUAUGAUGGAGAAAAAUAUUGUUCAAUAGGAAAUGAAGAUAGAGGUACUGGCAACAGAAAAGGGUGAUUAAUAAAAGGAGGAGAGAUAAGAAUGAGCAGAAAUCCCCCAAGUCGGCCAGGAAUUGUAUUUGCGGUGGGAGCUCGUUUGGAGGCCCAGGAUUAUCUGCAAAAAUGGUAUACAUCACGAAUUGAAAAGAUUGACUAUGAGGAGGGAAAAAUGCUGAUCCACUUUGAGAGAUGGAGCCAUCGGUAUGAUGAAUGGAUUUACUGGGAUAGUCAUCGCCUACGACCACUGGAGGGACAGUCAGUACGAAAAGAUGUACUCAAAGAUGAUGAAGAGAUUACAGACUUCAAAACUGGAGAUGAAGUUCUUGCCCGCUGGACGGAUUGUCGCUACUAUCCUGCGAAGAUUGAAGACAUUAAUGAGGAGGGUACUUACACAGUGCAGUUUUAUGAUGGAGUUAUACGGUCUCUGAAGCGAAUGCAUAUAAAAUCGAUGCCUGAAGAUGCCAAAGGACAGGACUGGUUAGCUCUUGUUAAAGCUGCUACAGCAGCAGCAGCAGCUGCAAAGAAUAAGACAGUCGGCAAACCCAGGGUUAAUAAGGAAAAGAUGGAGAGAAAAGUGGGGAGAGGAUCCCACUUCAAGAAAGGGAGAGUGAUGUCAGAAGUUAAAGAACCAGAGGAAGAAGUGCACAAAAAAUCAGAAGAACUUGCAACUUUUGCUAUCUCAGGAAACUCUGAGCCAUUGACCUUUGAUGAGCCAAAGCAGACUUUCGGACAUGCAGAAACAUCAGGCGCAAGGAAGAGGAAAACUAGUGUCAUUUGCUCAUUCCAGGCAAAAAGAGCACGCCUCAACAAAAUCACAGGUCUGUUGGCAUCAAAAGCUGUGAGUGGUGAUGGUUCAGAAAUGCUGGAAGAUGGUAUUGGAAGUCACCAUGUGCCUGAUCAGUUGUCACCUUCUUAUACCACUGACCAGCUGAAGACUGAAGUGAGCAGUGAAGAUUCCUGUACUCUGAAUCAAAAAAGUGAUCCAUUUUUUUCAUCUCCACACUCAACCAAACUCCGAACACGUAAAACAAAGCCUGAGGAGCCAUCUGGGAAUAUAAAGGCUUCAGAUCCUUCUCCUCUCCCAACUGUACCUCAGGGCAAGGAGUUGCACAAUGUAGAAUUUCCUCAGACAUUACCCCCACCACCACCUUCAGAUAUCCCUCAGACUGGCCCUUCUCAGCCCAGCAGUCCGAUCACCUGGUUAGAAAAAUCCAAACGUAGGAGACGCUCUGCACGAUUAGCAAAUGCUGCAGGGAUUGAUGGUCCCACUGACCAAGAGUAUUUACCCUCUCCAUCCACUGCUUUGACAGGACAGUCGUGCAAAUCCAAUAAUCUGACAGACAGCAACAUACCAGAGGAUUCUGAUGGUUACCAGUUGCCUAGAGAAUCCAAUUCCUUUGAGAUCAGUGACUUGGUGCCUCUUGACCUCUCCCAGCAUUCCAGGCACAAGACCUCAGCAUCUGUUUCUUCUCUUCAAUUCCCUGGAAAAGAGCAAACAGUGAAACCUCAUUCUAAAAUAAUAACUGAUGUGAGUGUGGCUUCCUCAUCAUCAGUGACUAAUCCCAAAAAAACAGAGGAUCCAUUAGCUCCCAAAGAACUGGUCAUCGAGCUUGACCACAACAAGUUCAAAUGUAGGUUUCCCAGGUGCUUCAAGGCUUUCCGUAAAGCUAAGCUGCUAGAUUACCACAUAAAGUAUUACCACAAUACAGAGAGAGGAUCUGACUCAGAGACAAGUGCACUGGAGAGUGGGAUGCGGACACGUGCCAGCUCAACCAACGUGCCAGCAUCAAUUGUGGACAACCUGGGGCUGAAGACACCGCGACCUCUGCCAAGUACUUCUUCACCACCUUCCAAUCUCUUGGCCUUGCAGCUGGAACUGCCUCUUGAUAUAAGUCACAAACCCUCCAAAGUCUGCAAGAAGAAGCAAUCGUCUGUGUCACUCGGCUCUGAGGGGACCAACAACCAACCCAAACCCUCUGUGAAGGAGAAGAGCGUAGAAACUGUGCAUGAGAAGAUACUUAAGAAAUGUAUCGACAGAGACAGAAAUGCAGAAGUUGGUAAAAACCAUUUCUGUUAUUCCAUAGAAGCAGGAACAGAUAUACGGGCCAUCUUCGGAGCACAGUUUCGAGGGAGUCAGCAGCACUCCGGUACUUUACCCAAGUGGCCAUUCCUCAUGGGAAUGAAAAGUGAAAAGAAAAUGAAGUAUGAAGAGAAGAACUCAUUGCCUGGUAAAAAGAAGGAGAGGUGUAAGGAGAAGAAAGGCAAGGAGCACGUUAAACUAAAACAGAAGAAAAAGAAAAAAAAGAAAAAGAAAUCCAAGUAUGAAUUGAUGGACUAUGAAGGAUUCAAAGAUAUUUCUCUGGAGUUUCUGGAAAGAUGUUCGUCUCCCAUAGCCAAAUCUGGAAGUUCUGUCACCUUAUGGUGUGGAUCUGUGAUGAAACCAGCCUAUCUGUCGCCAAAAUCUCUUCUGUCCUCUGAAUCGUUGCUGGAGCUAAGCACAGGUCAUACUCCUAGAUAUGAAUCUCUUUCUGAUGAAGAGUUCUUUGAUGGUUCCUCAACGGAAAGUGCAUUGAUGAGUGAAGAUUACAGUCAGGAUCUGGAUAUCUCAACCAACCCAGAGGAAUCUCAAGAGGAAGAUGAAAGCAAUGCAACAGUGCGAUGUGUCUGUGGAAUGGAUGAAGAAAAUGGGUUUAUGAUUCAGUGUGAAGAAUGCCUUUGCUGGCAGCACAGCAUCUGUCUGGGUUUAUUGGAAGACAGUAUUCCAGACCAGUAUAUCUGCUACUUCUGCCAGGAUCCUCCAGGUCAGAGAUGGAAUGACAAAUAUUGCUACGACAAGGAAUGGCUAAAAAAUGGGCAGAUGUAUGGGCUGUCCUUUCUGAAGGAGAAUUACUCCCAGCAGAAUGCUAAGAAAAUAGUAUCAACUCACCAACUCCUGGCUGAUGUGUAUAGUGUGGCUGAGGUGCUCCAUGGGCUUCAACUGAAAAUCAACAUUCUCCAGAGCAGAAAGCACCCUGAUCUACAUCUCUUGGCCCAGUCAUGCAAGAAAUCCACUCAAGAGCAAACUAUGGAGGAAAAGCCCAUGGAAUGUAUAGACAGUAUUAAGCAAGCUGAAAGCAUCUGUCAUACUCAGCAUCAUAGAGAAAAAUCAAGUCCCAACAAGAGAGUAGAGGGAACCUAUAUCACUAGUGAACACAGCUACCAGAAACCUCAGGGCUGCAGCCUCGAGCAAAACCCUGCAAAAGACCAAAACUGUUCAGAGGAUGAGGAUACCGAUAAUUUAAAUUAUGAAGAGGAUCGGGACACUACAUCCAAGAGAGUUGAAAGGCAUGCUCUUCAGGAAGUGGAAAUCCCUACUAGACAGGGGCCUACUGGCAUUAAAGAGACAGUGACUGUUUCAAAUGAUGGUGACAGCGAUGGAAUGGCGGGAGAGGAACAUGUCAGCCCACAGUUCCCAUGGCAGCUGAACCUGCUGACCCACAUUGAGGCUGUGCAGAACGAAGUAAACAGCAGAAUGGAUUUCAUAGAGAAAGAGCUGAAUGUUUUGGAAAGUUGGUUGGACUUUUCUGGGGAUCUUGAACCACCAGAACCAUUUGCACGACUCCCACAGCUGAAACGCCACAUCAAACAACUCCUGAUAGACUUGGGAAAGGUGGAGCAAAUGGCAACUUGCUGCUCUCUCUAGGAAGACAAGAAUUGGUGGGGCAUGGAGAGAGGGAGACUGAAAAAGGACAGAAUGGAUUGAAAAGCACACAGCAGAUUGGAACCAUUGAGAAGCUAAUUCGUCUACAACUUUGGUAUGGAAGGAUUUGAGUUCCAUCAACAACUUAAAGGAAAUUAAGAGACUGGAAUGAAAAGCAAAUGGCCAAUUAGAUAUCCUACAACAUCGGGCUUAAGGCAGAGCUUCUGUCUCAUUCGUAGCACUUGCCACCAUAAAGUAGCCCGAUCAUUUUGGGAGCACUCACAUACAGUACAGAGAGCAUUCUAAUCACUGAUCAAGUGUGCGCACGUUCCUUCCUAACUGAUCAUGAACGCCUUAGUAACAGUUGUGGAAGGGCUUUUGGUUGCUCAAUGAGCAGUGUAUGUAAGAAAACACAGAUGGUUAACAGCAUUUUGUGAUUAGGAGUAACUGAAUCUAGCAUCUGUUAUCACAGAAGCUGGAAUUACUUCAAAACAGUGCAACUCCUGAAAUCAGAUGCUUGAAAAUUACAGUUUCCUCAGUUGAUUGUCUGAUUGCAGUGAAAUAAUGCAGAGAUGAUCAGCUUAUGAAUUGGAAAUUAAGGCUGCUUUAAAUCACUGCAGCAAUAUUCAUUAUGUACUUUGUGAUAGUUGACUACUUAGAUGGUCGACCCCAGGAACAGUUUGGAAAGAGCUACUUUUUCCUGCAGUGUGGGCAGACAAGUUCCUUUCUCCGUCAGCUCCCAGCAGCCAAGUGUUAGUUCCAAUGUGAAUUUGAACACAGUACUUAUUGCAUAUAUGGAGAGAGAAAAAGAAACCCUGAUAAAAUAUAUUGGAAUGUUCUGGCUUUUUCAAAGGUCGAAGGAGUGGUGAAGGUAGAAGAAUUUCUGGUCAGAAGUUGGACACUGAGAUCCUUUGGUUUAGUACCACAGUCUGAGAUAUUAAAUUGCUGUAUAAGACAGUCAAACUCAUUACAGUUAGAAAUUGACUUGAAACUUGACAGUACUGGCAAUACAGUUUGAGGUGUGCAGUAUUGUGGAAGACCUCAGUCUGUCAACUUCUCCUAAUCUGAGAUCAUUUUACCAAGUGGAUGCAACUUGGAAAGAUCUUCAUGAGAUGAGUCUGUAGUUCUGUAUGCUUUAACCUCAUGUCACACCAUAUUGUACGGAAGCUAAACCAAAGGGUUGUCAUGUUCAAAGACCAUGUGUGCCCCAAUUACUUUAAAAAAUUAACUUUAAACUCCACAGAGCACUUGAUCAUUCUUCCCUCAGUCACAGGCAGGUCAAAGAAUAUACAAACACAAUUCAUCUGUCUGUGCUAUUGACUACCCUGAAUCCUUUCUCAUUCCAAAACAUGUGUUUUGUAUACCCGUAAUUAACUUGUUUCUGAAAUUGGUGCUUAAAAUUAAGGGCAUGCAAAAUAGGUGGAGUCAGGAAACUGAAUUCAAUUUGGAGUUUACGCACUGAAAACCCAGAGGACUUGUUAACAUGGUUGCACCAGAAAUGGUUCACUGGGACCUGUAUGUUUUGUUCUGUACAACAAAAUUAGUGUAGUUACAUUAAAAGAAAGAUAUGAAAUUUAAAAGCUGUGCAGACAAAAUCAGUUUAUAAUGUAGCACAGUGGGUCUCACUUUUGUUAUCUGCCCAGAAUACUCAGCUGCUGUUGUUCAGAAACACUUGAGCUAUAACAAAAGUGAAUUGUAUGCCAGGCAGAUAUAUUUGCUAUCAGGGUGUGUGUUGACAAAGUGUAUAUCUCAAAGUGUAUAUUUGGCUUAUAUAUGUAAAGUUCUGGAAGCUGAAGUUCCUCCCCUUUGCAUUUCAUUCUGUGUAUAAAACAAUUCACGAUGGGAUUUUUUUAAAUAGACAAUAAACAUUUAAGCAGCAGA